AUGACAAACUUUCAUUUAGUAAUUUUGGUUCACGGCCUUUGGGGGAACCCACAUCAACUUUCAUACAUAGAACGUCAGCUUAAGGAAAACAUUGGCACAAACGGUGAAACAGAAGAACUUUGGGUUUAUAAAACCGGUUCUCACCAGGGAUAUUUAACUUAUGACGGAAUAGACAUUAACGGCAAAAGGAUUUCGGAUGAAAUUAGGGAAAUAACCACGUCAAUCCAGAUUCUGGGUGAUAACGUGGUUAAGUUUUCAAUAAUUGGAUAUCUGUUGGGUGGAUUAAUUGCCCGAUACGCUCUUGGGAUAUUGUAUGCUAAUGAUUAUUUCGAGGAUAUUACUCCUGUCAAUUUUGUAACCUUUUGUUCACCCCAUGUUGGAGUGCUUAACCCCUUGCCAAAUAGUAGGUCCGCAAAGUUAUAUAAUAGCUAUGCACCACUUUUCUUGGCUAUCACGGGUGGACAAUUGUUCCUUAAGGACCAAAUUAGAGAAAUCGGUAAACCCUUGUUGGUAUGGAUGGCAGAUCCGAAAUCAAUCUUUUACAAAAGUUUGACACUAUUUAAGUAUAGAUCACUAUAUUCUAAUGUCGUCAAUGAUAGAAGAACUUCUUGGUUCACUUCGGCGAUUUCCUUUACUGACCCAGUUAAUUCCUUGGUAAACCAUCUGGCAUCGAAAAUCCACGCGUCGUACAUAAAAGGAUAUGCCCCAACUGUUAUUGAUAUCGCUAAACCAUUCUACUAUCAUGAUAUGCGCGAGGAGAAUACUGGAGGUCGGAGCUUUUGGUUUAUCAUACGUUGGUUUAAAGUUUUUUUGGACGUUGUUUUAUUCACCCCAAUAUGGACAAUUUCUUUCUUUGUAACUUCAAUCCAGCAGAGAAUUAAGUUAAAUAGACGAGUGAGAGAAUUCUUUAAUGAUGCUUCUAACAACUUAUUCCUUUUGUAUGAAAGUAUCGAUGAUGAAGGUGAUGCUGACAACGAUUGUGGUGAUAACGAAUCAACCUUAAGUGACAUGGGACAUGAAAUCAUGGAGAAAAUUCAAGAUACUAGAGAUACAUUUCUUGAAGAUGUCUAUACUGCCAGUAAUGAUGAUAUCAAUUCUCAUGCUCUAGCAUUGAAUGAGGAUCAAAAGUUUAUUAUUGACAAAUUGAAUAAGGUUGGCUGGGAUAAAUUUCCAAUUAUUUUAAGACAAACGAAAGCAACACAUGCUGCGCUGAUUGUAAGACAAGACGAUCCAAAGUUUGCCGAAGGUAAGGUUGUGAUUAGUCAUUUUAUAAACGAAAUAUUUCAAGUUGAUUGA